CCACUUCGUCUUUUAAUCAUUGAUUCGAUUUGAAGGUUAUUUUAUAUCGCUUAUACUUUCACUUAAAUAUAAGUAGGUAAUAACGUAGUGAUUUUAUUUUAUAAUAUGAUCUUUAUAGGGAGAACGUAAUAAAAAUUUUAAGUUGCAAAAUGUACUAAAGCGAAAUUUCAACGCAACGAAACUUGUUGUUGUAAAAGUUUGCACUGUUUAUUACUUGUAUUAUUAUAGAAAUUAGUGAAAAUGGGAAUGGAAAAAGUCAACUGUAGCACAGAUGGAAAACCAUCUGAAUAUCUGUACUCUCCUGAGAUCCUACAAAGAUUGGACUUUAAUAAGAGUCCAGCUAUAUUCAAACCUAAGAUUAGUGCAGCACAACCUGGUGAAGAUUGGAUGGUUGUGAGGCCUCUACAGCGGUCUGAUUAUGACAAAGGCUUCCUGCAAUUGCUUAGUCAGCUCACAAAUGUUGGAAAUAUUUCUAGGAAGCUAUUUGAUGAUCGUUUCACCAAAAUGAAGCAAUCGGGCGGUUACUAUGUAACAGUGAUUGAAGACACGCGAGUCGGGAAACUUAUCGGCGCUGCCACGCUCACUAUUGAACAGAAAUUUAUACAUAACUGCUCUUUGCGCGGCCGUCUCGAAGAUGUGGUUGUAAACGAUACGUACAGGGGAAAGCAACUGGGCAAAUUAAUUGUAGUGACAGUCUCUUUACUAGCUCAAGAAUUAGGCUGUUAUAAAAUGUCACUAGACUGUAAGGAUAAAUUGAUCAAGUUCUAUGAAUCACUUGGUUAUAAAAUGGAACCUGGAAACUCUAAUGCUAUGAACAUGAGGUUCGACGAUCCAUCCUGACAAUUAGCCGCUGGGGCAUCCGACCUACGUUCUAAACUGUAAGUAUACAUAGCAGCCAAGCAGUCCUCACAACGCUUCAUCAGCUUGCAUCAUCGAUUCAUCUCAUGCACAAUCUAGUCUGAUGUGUAUGCAUUGAACUAAUAAUGUUAUGAAUGUGUAGUAAAAAAGUCAUAUUGCAACAAUUUAAAAUAGCUUGAGAUUUGUUAGUACUGUUAGAUAUUUUGUAGGCAAAUGAAACCCUGAUAAACUGAUUUGAUAAAUCUUUAGUAUACAAGUGUUUUGUAUAAGCAUAUACCGCCAGAGCUAGGUAAAUGGCUUCUAUUAAUCGAAGUGAUAAUCGUAAAGGUCCAUGUUUCCAUUUCAAGUUGAUAUAUGUCACCCAUACGUAGGAUUCGUUAUUUUAUUUCAGAGAUGGGUCGAUAGGUUUGUUACAAAUACACAAAAUACAAUCACUUCUUUUGUGUGGGGCUUUAAAUGAAUAACUAUAAACUACCUUAUGAGGCUGGUAUAGUUACUUAGGUGAAGUAGCCCUAAAGUGAUACAAUAAAAAUGGGUUAAGAAGGUACAGAUUAUAUUUAUGAAAUCAGAUUGUGGCAGUGUUUAAAAUUUCACUUGUAUAAAACUCAUGUGAUUUCUAGUCACACUUAAGGUCUUAUAUCAGCAAGCUAGUGUGUUAUUUCAAUUUAAUAUAGGUAUAUAUUUUACUUAACUGGUGCUUUACGUUGUGGAUUCUGCUUUGUUGUUAAUGUUGUUACAGUUUACAGGGUCAAUUUUUCUAUCCAUCGAAAAUUGUGUGUUACAUUCUUUUGCCAUUAUCGUGACUACAGCGUUCGAUGGGGUGAUCAAUUGAUUUCAGGAUGUCUUAGCACAUAUUUUAGUAAGAAUUAUUAUUUGUUUAUAUUAAACACAGAAAAGAUCAAUAAUAUACGAUAUGGAGAAAAUACUUAUAUUUUUAUUGUCAUUAAAUAUUACUAACAUGUUUUGCAAAAUGUAACUGGCAUGUAACUUUAAUAUUAUUUAUACAUAUAUUUAGUGUUUUAUUCUAUGUACUUUUGUUAACUAACUUUCUAAUUUACUUUAUUAUUAGUUGGCUCAUUAAAACUAUUUUUGCUUUA